AUGACAAGCACUAGUGAAGGAGAAAUACUUCAAGAAUCACAAAUUAUUCGAGAACGAUGGCAAGUGAAAGCAAAAGUUGGUGGGGGUGGAUUUGGGGAGAUUUACGAAGCUGUCGAUUUACAAAAUCACAACCAGAAAGUUGCUAUAAAAGUUGAAUCAAGCAAAGCUACCAAACAAGUGCUAAAAAUGGAAGUUGCGGUUUUGAGAAGGCUUCAAGGAAAGCGACAUGCAUGCAAAUUUUACGGGUGCGGUAGGAACGAAAAAUUUAAUUAUAUGGUAAUGAGCUUGCAAGGUAAAAAUCUUGCGGAUUUACGACGUGAAUCACCUAAGCAAUCUUUCUCGUUGUCAACAGCAGUUCGUAUUGGACUUCAGAUUCUGAAUGCCAUCCAAGAAAUACAUUCAAUUGGAUUUUUGCAUCGUGAUAUCAAGCCUUCAAAUUUUGCUAUGGGUCGAACAGUUUCCACAUCUAAAACAGUUUACAUGUUAGAUUUUGGCCUUGCGCGGCAAUAUCUUAAUGGAAGGGGUGAAAUUCGCCACCCGCGCAGCGCUGCUGGUUUUCGCGGUACCGUCCGCUAUGCUGCUCUUUCCGCGCACAAAAAUAAAGAAAUGGGUCGACAAGAUGACUUGUGGUCUCUGUUUUAUAUGCUGGUAGAAUUUUUGCAAGGAUCUUUACCUUGGAGAAAAAUUAAAGUAAUUUUUUAA